AUGGCUCAAUACAAUAAUGCUGUCUUGUCAUUGACUACCGUCACCACGCCAGACCCGUAUGUUACCUACUCACCAGCAACCCGCCAAUUCUAUCUCACAUUCACUGCGGGUGAUCGAGUAGAGAUCUGGAGAGCAAACAGCUUGCCGAAUUUCUACGAUCAUCCAGACAAGCAUGUUAUCUGGAGACCACCUCCAGACACUGAGCACUCGAACGACCUUUGGGCACCCGAACUCCAUUGCCUCAGGGGCAGGUGGUAUGUAUACUACGCUGCCUGCCACCCCAAACACGGAAACAAAUCGCACAGAAUGUUCGUGCUCGCUGGACCACCAGCAGACCAAGACCCCGCUACUGGUUCGUGGGAGUUUGUAGGUCCUAUCAGAGGCAUGGCACAGCAGCAAUGGGCCAUUGACGGCACUGUGGUCGAACUGCACGGACAACUGUACUUUGUCUACUCUGGAUGGCCCUUCGACAACCCCAAUGAAUCAGACCUUCAGCAACAUCUCUUCAUCCUCAGACUGGCUGACCCGGUCACUGCGGCAUCGGAUCCUGUUGAGAUCUGUAGACCCGACCAACCAUUCGAACGUGUAGGAGAUCACGGCAUCAACGAAGGGCCACAAUACCUUGCCUCACAGGAUGGCUCAUGGGUUGGCAUCGUCUACAGCUGCUCGGGCAGCUGGACCAACGAGUACAAGAUGAACUGCCUCCGCUGGACCGGUGGAGACCCUCUGAGACCUGACUCCUGGCAGAAGAGCAUGAAGCCCUUGAUUCAGAACGGUCCACACGGCAAUGGACCCUGGGGUCCUGGCCAUGGUUCCUUUAUGCACAUUGGCGACGACAUUGUCGGAAUCUACCACGCUACCGAUCGUCCCGAUGACGGUUGGAACAACCGAAAGGCUAGGAUGCAACGAGUCGUCUUCACCCCCGAAGGUCCUUGGAUGGGAGGUGGAGUAGGUCCGUUGACUACGAACAUGGCUGCUUUCGUCGGCAACGAGCAUCAUGAAGCUGAAGGUGGUAAGAAGCACGGUCAUGGUAUCAGAGGCUUCCUGCGCAAGAUCAAGGACGAGCUGUAA